AACAGCGCCAAUAGACUGUGAAUCAAUUUCAAAUCUUGUUGUCCAGGGUUUUCCGUUCUCGAAUUAUAUUUAUAAUCAAGAUCAUAUUUUUGUACAGGUUAUAUAGCCAUGGCAUCGGCAGAAACUAUCCAGGCUCAUCCCAAAACACCAUCUGAAUCUGCCAAACUAAUCCCCGUACCGGCCUGCGCUGUAGAAACGCAGGAAAAGAAAGAAGACCCGAAUCAAUCAAACUCGGACAGGCUCGAUUCGGCCUUUGACGAAAAACAAUCCGCAUUCAAGAAUCUCGGGAUCCUGGACCGGUUCCUCGUGAUAUGGAUAUUCCUCGCCAUGGCAAUUGGGAUUAUUCUCGGCAACUUUGUCCCCGGCACGGGACGGGCGUUGCAAAAGGGGAAAUUCGUGGGAGUUUCGAUUCCAAUUGCAAUUGGUCUGCUCGUCAUGAUGUAUCCUAUCCUGUGCAAGGUCCGAUAUGAGAGUCUGCAUCACAUGUUUCGAACCCGGCAAAUUUGGAUACAGAUUGCUUUUAGCAUGUUUGUGAAUUGGAUCAUUGCUCCGUUCUUCAUGUUGGCAUUGGCAUGGGCCUUUUUGCCCGACAAGCCAGAGUUGCGACAGGGUUUGACUCUUGUCGGACUCGCACGAUGUAUUGCCAUGGUUCUCACAUGGACCGGCCUCGCAGGCGGCGACACUGAAUACUGCGCCAUCCUCGUGGCCAUCAACUCUUUUCUUCAAAUGGUCUUGUUCGCUCCCAUGGGCGUCUUUUUUAUCCAAGUCAUCAGCGAUGGCUGCGUGGCUGGAGCUGACAGCUGUGGUGAAGACGACUCCUCAUUCAGCGCAAACUUCGACUACUCCACCGCCGCCAAAAGCGUCGCUGUCUUUCUCGGCAUCCCUUUGGCUGCUGCGAUUCUCACGCGCUAUUUGCUUCGAGGUGCCUGGAUUUCUUGGAGUUUUUGGCCUACUCCUCCUACUACUCCUCCCCUUCCUCCUUUUCCUCCUACCACUACUCCUCCUCCUCCUCCUUUUCCUCCCACCCUUACUACUCCAACUACUCACUCUACUCCUCCUACCACUACCACCACCAUUCCAACCUCUCCUACCACUACAGGCGCCACCGCAGACGUGCCAUACGAAAGAGACGAAGAACGCGCAAGUCAGUCGAGAUGCUCAAACCACGCCAGCCAAACAAAACAGUCCGAAUGGCACGAAUGGUACGACACAACCUUCCUCCCCACUCUCAGCCCGCUCUCUCUGCUCGGCCUGCUCUUCACCAUCCUCGUGCUCUUCGCCUCUCAAGGCGCGCAGAUUGUGCACCACCAAAUCGUGUCCGUCCUACGCGUCGCCGCGCCGCUGGUUGUGUAUUUCGCUACCAUCUUCUCCGCCACGCUCUUCGUCACGUACAGGCUAUUGGGGUUCGGAUACGGGCUCGCAACCGCGCAGAGUUUCACGGCAGCGAGCAAUAAUUUUGAAUUGGCGAUUGCGGUGGCAGUCGCGACGUUUGGGCCGGACAGUGACCAGGCGCUGGCGGCGACGGUGGGGCCGCUGGUCGAAGUGCCUGUGCUGGUGGGGCUGGUGUAUGCUGUCAAGUGGAUGGCGGGGCGGUGGCGGUGGAGGGGGUAGGGGAGGGGGGGAAGGGGCGGGCAUAUAUACAUAUGGGGGUUUAUUUUCAUUCUAUUUCUGACCAAGUCCAAAAAAUGCAUAUCAUCGAAUCUAUCAUGCGGAAGUGGUGACUUGAAUUGAAAUAAACUGAAUGGAUGAAAUUCGGAUGAAUGAUGAAUGACGACACUACUCUCUCGAGCAUAUGUAUAACGCCAAUGCCAUUUCUUUACCGUAGUAACCCCAGAUGCUUAAUUCAACACAGUAAACAGAAAAGUUUGGAAUGGGCAAGGGAAAGAAAGGGGAGCGCGGGGAAAAGAGAACGGAAGAAACACCCCCCUUCCCCCCAAGAAAAGAAGAAGAAAAAAGAAGAAGGGAAGGAAGGGAAGGAAUGAUUGAAGAAAACAAAAAAAAAAAAAAAAGAAAAAUAA